CGUAGCUAUGCGUGAGCGGUGAAUUAUUACAUGUUUUGAAACACUGAAUUUGGCUUUGGAAUACCACAUUUCGAUUUUGAGUUGACAUUGACGGUUUAACGUACGUCGUAGGUAGCUAACGUAGGCUACAGUAUCAGCAACAAGCUAGCUAGUUAGUCUGUACUUGUCCUGAAGGAAUUUAUGUUGUAGCUAGCUGACUAUAAUCCCUGCCAGUGUGCAUAGCCUAAAACACAUGAAUCACGUUGGUUGUCGAUAUUGAUGUAUUAUCUAAACACAUAUGGAGUAUUGAGCUAACGUCAGUUAGCUGCUGCUGUCUCAUUAAUUGAUCGACUUUUCCAACCAGCCAGAACCACCUGCAACUGGUAUCCCUCCCAUCUUGGCUGGGGGUAGCUGGCCGUCAGCGCAAGUAUUUUGGACCUGGCCCAGCCUUUGUGGGGAGCAGAAGAGUCUGAGUCAGAGCUGAAGAUGGUCUGAUGGACCUCCGCUUUUUGCUGACUUUCCUCUUCUGCUCAGUCUCGUGGAUCUUCUUCUGGGAAGUGCGCUGGAAGAAAGGCAAAGAAAGUCAGAUUGAAGAAUGGAUUCAAGGCCACAGUCUCUCCGAAUACAAACACUUAUUUGAAGAUGUGGAGACUCUGGAGGAGCUGAGCCUGAGUAUUCUGACUCGUCUGGAGUACGUGGUGAGAGAGAAGCGGCGCUGGAGGGACAUCGCAGAGGCUCAUAUCCAGCUGCUGCGAGACUUUGCCUUCCAGGAGUGGCUCUGCUCUCAGAGCCUUGAGCACUACUAUCAUACACUGAAGACCUUGGGUUGUAUGACUCUGGAUGAUCUAGCCCAGUUUGACAGCCAGUUGCAGCUCUCUCUUGCUGCGUGGGGAUACUACUACGAAGACUACAUCAAGCUGUCCACGGGCGUCAAGGUUCUCCAGGCCUCUAGGGGGAGCCGCGACCAGGACUACGAGAUCCAACUCGUGCACAGCCUUGCUGAAAGGCGCCUGAAUGAGAAGUGGUCUAUCGCGGGAGCUUUUAUAUUUGGCUGUACUGUGGCACUGUGCUUUCUGAUAAGGGACCUCAUGUUUUACGUGAUUGGUGGAAUUACUGUUUCCAUCAUAGCGUUUGUCUUUACCAUCAAGUUCCUAUGUGAGCUUGCUGCGCGGGUGGUUAGCUUCCUGCAGAAUGAGGAUCCCGGGAGAAGGGGUGACCGCAGCAUCUACGACUAUGUACGAGGGAACUACCUGGACCCGCGCUCCUGCAAGGUGUCUUGGGAUUGGAAGGACCCACAGGAAGUGGGCCAGACUAUGAGCUUCCGUGUUCACCUCUUCUACAAGAACGGCCAGCCCUUCCCUGCUCACCGACCCGUGGGGUUAAGGGUCAACAUCACUCACAUAGAGCUGGCCCUAGACAUCCCCAUCACCCAGGAGGUUCUGCAGGAGCCAGAGUCCAAUGUGGUCAAACUGGCCUUCACUGUCCGCAAGGCCGGACGCUAUGAGGUAGCUGUCAAACUGGGAGGACUCAACGUGGCCUACAGCCCUUACUACAAGAUAUUCAAAUCAGGGACAGUGGACCCGUCCAAAACGAAGAUAGCCUACCACUUCUCCACCCUGGUCUUAGUAUAUGGCCAGCAGCAUACCCUGCAGAUCGAGCCUCGGGACGAGUAUGGCAACCCCACCAGUAACUCCACCUCACUGAUAGACGAAGUCAACUACAGUGUCCACGUCCACUCGCUGGGCACGGUGGAUGACGACAGCCUGGAGGAGUACUACUGUAAGUCAGUGUCAUCCAACAAGCAGCUGUGCCAGGUACUGCUGAAAAUCACCCUGAGGAAGAAGGGCUGUUUCCGGGCACGCAUCUCCUAUACCGACCUGCCCCUCAGCAACGGGGAGUUCGACAUCAUUGUUCUCAGUGAGAAUGAGAAGAAGUGUGUGGAGAAGAACGUGUCCACCACAGGGAUCAGCAUCUACUUUGAGGCGUACCUCUACGGCACAGAGAACUACAGUAACUACAGUAACUCCUCGUGGCAGCUCCCAGCCUCGGCUCUGAUGGCCCCUCAGAGACGGCCCUCCAUGGGGGACGAGGAGGACGAGCAUGACUCCCCUGUAGAGGGCCAGCCGGAGAAGGUCAAGAAACCAAAAAAGGUCUACUGCUACAUAUCGCCAAAGCAACUAUCAGUGAAGGAGUUUUACCUGAAAAUCAUUCCAUGGCGCCUUUUCACCUUUCGAGUUUGCCCAGGGACAAAGUUCACAUACUACGGCCCUGACCCCGUUCACAAGUACCUGACUCUAGUGGUGGAUGAUGGGAUCCAGCCGCCAGUGGAGCUGAGCUGUAAAGACAGAAACAUCAUGGCUGCCACCUUCAUCCGUUUCCUGCACAAGAAUAUCGGUGGCUCGGAGACGUUCCAGGACAAGGUGUGCUUCUUCCAGAGGGAGCUCAGACACAUCCACUCCAAGAGACCUCGCACCAAGACCUGCCUGAAGAUCACACGCCACUGCAUCCUGGACUCGUCUCUGAAAUCCACCCGGAACUUCUCCGUGUCGGACUGGAGUAAGAACUUUGAGGUGGUGUUCCAGGAUGAGGAAGCUCUGGACUGGGGAGGGCCGCGAAGGGAGUGGUUUGAGCUCGUCUGUAAGACCCUGUUUGACACCACCAAUCAGCUGUUUACUCGCUUCAGUGACGACAACCAGGGCCUGGUCCACCCCAACGCUGAGCGGCCGGUCCACCUGCGUCUGAAGAUGUAUGAGUUUGCGGGGCGCGUGGUGGGGAAGUGCCUGUACGAGUCAGCCCUGGGCGGGGCCUACAAGCAGCUGGUCCGCGCUCGCUUCACCCGCUCCUUCCUGGCCCAGCUCAUCGGACUCAGGAUGAACUACAAAUACUUUGAAACGGAUGAUCAGGAGUUCUACAAAACGAAAGUCUGCUUCAUCCUAAACAAUGAUGUCAGUGAAAUGGACCUGGUGUUUGCUGAGGAGAAGUACAAGUCAGGACAGCUGGAGAAGGUGGUGGAGCUGAUAUCUGGAGGAGCUCAGAUUGCUGUCAACAAUGAGAACAAGAUGCAUUAUCUGAACCUGCUGGCCCAGUACAGGCUCGCCAGUCAGGUGCGAGACGAGGUGGAGCACUUUCUCAAAGGUUUGAAUGAACUUGUUCCGGAGAACCUCCUGGCCAUAUUUGAUGAGAAUGAGCUGGAGCUGUUGAUGUGCGGUACAGGGGACAUCAAUGUCCAGGACUUCAAGGCCCAUGCUGUGGUCGUAGGAGGGUCGUGGCACUUCAGAGAGAAGGUGAUGAAGUGGUUCUGGGCCGUGGUGUCCAGCUUCACCCAGGAGGAGUUGGCUCGCCUGCUGCAGUUCACCACCGGCUCCUCCCAGCUUCCCCCUGGGGGCUUCAACACCCUCUGCCCCUCAUUCCAGAUCAUUGCUGCUCCCACACACAGCACCCUGCCCACCGCACACACCUGUUUUAACCAGCUUUGCCUCCCCACCUAUGAUUCCUAUGAGGAGCUGCACAAGAUGCUGAAGCUGGCCAUCAGUGAGGGCAGUGAGGGCUUCGGCAUGCUCUGAGUGGCCCUAUCCCUGGAGCUCACCCCCAGACUCUGAGUGGCCCUAUCCCUGGAGCUCACCCCCAGACUCUGGUCACACUGUGGUCCUGCUCAUACAGCAGUGGGGUACCAAGGACACCAGCGCCAACCAGGCCCCUGGUACGCCUGUUACUCGCUCCAUCCGCUUUGGACAAUGGACAUCCCUCCUCGACUCACACGGGCUACCCAUGAUCCUCUUUCAGCGGUAGAGGGCAUUAAAGGAAUUCCACAGGAAGUCCAGUAGGCUCUGGGACGUCGUCAGGUGUCUGCACUAUGUGUAUAUACUGUACAAUGUUUGCUUUUCUAAUGAAGAACAUGACCUAGUGUUAGAAAAGGCUGGGUAGUUUUAUUCUAGAUGUUAGAGUUGUUUAAUUUGACGUUUUUGAGACAGAAUUUAGAGCUAGUUAAAGAGCCUAGUGAGCUUGGUGUUGUUUUGGUUUUUUACAUUUUAUUUAGGAAAAAAGCUGAGGAAGAUUUAAAUGCAAAAGCAGCCUACACAAAGUGUGGAGAAGCUGCACACCCCAUAGCACUUUGGCCUUACCUGAUCAGGGAAGGAUGUGUGUGUAUAUACUGCGAAAAGUAUGAAAAUGUAUGUACUCAUACUUUAAGUCGCUCUGCUAAAUGAUUCAAAUGUCAAAUGUAUAUACAGUAUAUAUUAUAUCACUCUUUCAUUUCAAUAUGUGUACAUGCAUGUUAAUAAAAGGUUGUCAUAGCAACAGUUCAGACAUAUUUUCAGACAGAAGGGACGAAAGGUACUUGAUAGAUCUUUGAGGUCAUACUUUUUUAUUGGUGGGAGUUUAACACAUUACAGCUGAUUUCAUGUAUUUUUUAGUUAUCAUCGUUUCACAUCCACAAUUGACUUCAGUUUACAAAUACAUGGGUUUUCAAAAGAACAAACCGUUUGCUACCCCAUGUCAGUGUGUCUGUUUUAACUUCUGGACUGAUUUAUGUUGUUUUCACCCAUACCGUUGAUGACAAUGCUAUUUGUCUUGAGCCGUAACAGUUUUUUGUUUUAAAACCUGCCUUAUUCAAGCCCUUUGCCUCUGACAUAAUCUGGAGAAGUGUGUAGUUAAACGAAGCCUAGACUAGCAAAAGUAUGACAACAGGGAUAUUACUGUUGGUAGUUUUUGCAGUGGAAGUUUGACAUGGGAAUAUCAAUUGGAUGUUAACAUGUGAAGAGAUCGGAACUCAAGGUUAUCUUGAUAGCUGUCAUGUCUUGUGCUCUUGACUGUUGGUUUUCAUUCACCGCCUUGUCUGGGUUUACCUCCGAAUCUCAUCUAUGCAUCCCCUGUGUGUGUGUCCCUGCCCAUGGUUGUGUGAUCUCAGCUGCCUCCUCUCCAACUACUACCCAUAGUGUGCUGUCUCUGACUCCUACAACUCGGUAGAUAAGCCACCUGAGUAAGGGAUACUGAGACAGGAAACACAAGAUGAAUAUUUCUUCAGGAUUGGAAAAAAUAUUUGGUUUAAAAUAUACUAACUAUCAAAAGUAAAUGUAAUUGCUAAAAUAUACUUAAGUGUCAAAAGUAAAAGUGUAAAUCAUUUCAAAUGAAGGUAACAAGAUGGCACCAUUUUCUAGUUGUUUUCUUUAUUUAGGCAUGGCCAGGGUCACACUCCAACAUUCAGACAUCAUUUACAAACUAAGCCUGUGUGUUUAGUGAGUCCACCAGAUCAGAGGCAGUGGGGAUGACCAGGGAUGUUCAAUGGAUAAGUGUGUGAAUUGGACCAUUUUCAUACCCUGCUAAGCAUUCAAAACGUAACAAGUACUUUUGUGUGUCAAGGUAAAUGUAUGGAGUAAAAAGUACAAUAUUUUCUUAAACAAUGUAGUGAAGUAAAAGUAGUCAAACAUAUAAAUAGUAAAGUACAGAUACCCCAUAUUGCAGUGUGCAGCUACCCACAUGUACAGGCUAUUUAGGAAAGCCAACAUCUAGAACAUAGCACGGUAGCCUAAAGCAGACACAUUCUUAUGCAAUAUUAUUGUAUUUUUUGUAUUCACCUGAAUCUUUAGCCUCACAACUUACCACAAAUGCAAACCCAUUGUUAUUCAACUCUCCUAAUUAAACAUCACCUCACUCUUGUUGGAACAGGAUACACAUAUCACUUCCCAAGCUCCUCGUACUAACAGAAUAACUUUACCUUAUUGGGAACCUCUUAAGGGUGCUGGGUUUUUGUUAUUGCUGCUGGGGUUGACUGCACACACCUCCCAGUCACUCAGAAUUUCUCUUUUGAGACACAGCGAGCUUUCAUCCUCCACCAUGAUUUGCCUAGGGCAAAGUCUUAAAGGGAUACUUCUGGAUUUUGGCAAUGAGGCUACUUGUCUACUUUCCCAGAGUCAGAUGAACUCGUGGAUACCAUUUGUAUGUUUCUGUGUCCUGUUAGAAGUAGUUUCCCGAUGCUAACUAGCGUCAGUGCAAUGACUGAAAGUCUAUGGCUAUUGAAAUGGUAGACUAAUCAGAUGAGCUAGUCAACUAAAAUGGUAGCUGCUGUCAGACACAAGACUUGGCAGAAGUAGCAUUGCAUUGUACUAUAGGAAUCGAGAUAUUAAAUAUUCUUAUAGAAACCAUGUGCAUUUACAAAAGUGUAAAUAGUUGAAAUGCAGUUCAGAUUUUUUUUUUAAAUGAAGAUGUGAAAAGAAACGACAGCUGUGAUUUUAAAGUUAUUGUUCAGAUAGUGUUUCACUCAUAAGCAGGUCCUGCUCUCAGUGUUUAAGAUUCCAGCUCAAGUGAUGGGGAAAGCUCAGUGGUUGGUGUGGUUUGGUUUUGGAUCGAUGUACAUAUUGUGACAUAGUUGCUUACAGCUUGGAGGUGGGAAUUUUUUAUGUGUCAAAUAAAUGACAACACUGUGGGCUGAUGGAUGUCAGGGUUCCUGCUCUGCAGUCCCUUUAUUGUUCAUGGAAUUAAAACGUGAUGGAGAUUAUUACA